UCGGAACUUGGCACAGAGCCCCGAGGCGGACCCUCUGAGGAGCGGAAAGGGGGGGGGUUGACGUUUCUUCACGAGAACCGGAGGCUGUCUGCCUUUUUCUUUUCCUUUUGAUUCCCCUCUUCUUCCUCCUCCCCCUCCCCCCCGCAGCGUGUCUUUUUUUCCCUUCUUCCUCCUCUCCUCGCUCUCAAAUCCCCCUCACUCCCCUUUUCCUCCACCUGGGCUAGGACGGACAGAAGGGCGAGUAAGGAAAGGGGUUGGGGCGCUUGGUUGUCUCCCCCCCACCCCCACCCCAUAACAAAAACCACACAGAAGGCGCAGGAAUGACAAAUCGAGCCGAGGGGGAGACGCGGUGAGGGCUAGGUAGUGUGUGUGCGUGUGCGUGUGUGCGUGCGAGCGAGCGAGCGAAAAGGUGACUGAGGGGUUUAAAUAGGUAUUUGGAGCUGCCCCCUCCCUCCCUCCUUGCCUCCCUCCCCGUCUCCUCCCUCCUCGCCACAGGCACCGGCUUCCCCGUCGCUUCUCCCGCUCCUUCCCCUGGGUUUCCCCCCUUCACCCUCGCCGCCGUCCUCUUCCUCCUCCUCCUCCUCCCGGUGCCUGGCAGAUCGUUUGACAGGGUCUCUUCGUUGUGGAAGAUGGCGACACCAGGGAUGAGUUGGCAGCAGCACUAUUACGGCGGCAGCUCCUCCUCGGCCAGCGCUGGGAAAUUCAACCCGUCCUCGUCUUCCUCGGCCGUCGCCUCCCAGCUCGGCAUGGAAUAUAAUCAGGAUCUCCAUCUCAAAAUGAGCAAGAAAAUUGCUCAGCUUACAAAGUUGCCUGUCAGAUCGGCAGAGGUGGGACCGGAGGAAAGAAAGAAAGAAGAGGGGCUGUGGCCUGGAAUACAAAUCACAUUACAUCCAGUAAUAUAUGCGUUGAACACAAAGAAUGAUGAACACGAAGCUGCUAUUCAAGCUCUCAAGGAUGCUCAUGAAGAGGAAAUUCAACAGAUUCUUGCUGAAACAAGAGAAAAGAUUCUGCAGUAUAAGAGUAAAGUUUCUGAAGAAAUGGAUUUGAAAAGGAAGAUCCAGGUUUUAGAAGAAUCUUUGGAAGAUCAUAAAAAGAUGAAGCAUCAAGCAUUAACAGAGUUUGAAGCUUAUAAGGACAGAGUUGAGGAUAUGCAACUUUGUGCAGAAGCUCAGCAUGUCCAACGUGUAGUAACUAUGUCACGAGAAGUAGAAGAAAUUAGAAAAAAAUUUGAGGAGAGAUUACGGAAUUUUAUUCAACUACAGGUACAGUUUGAGAAAGAUAAGCGUUCAGCUCUUGAAGAACUGAGAGCUGCACACAGACUUGAGGUGCAAGAACUUAUGAAGACCCAUCAGAAUCAGAAUGCUACUUUAAGCAAAGGACAGGAAAAGUUAGAAGAAUUGCAUAGACGGGAUGUGGAAGAAUUGAAUGCCAAAGUUGAAGAGCUAAGGAUAGAAAGAAAAAAGCUAAUUGAGGAGUAUGAAGGUAAACUCAGCAAAGCUCAAUCUUUCUAUGAGCAUGAACUUGACACUAUGAAACGUUCUCAACUGUUUACAGCUGAAAGUCUGAAAGCUUGCAAAGAAAAAGAAGUAGAGCUAAGAAAGGAAUUUCAAAGCCAAGAAUCUAUUUUACGGAAAAAUGUGGGGAAACUUAAGACUGAAUUGCAGAUGGUACAAGAUGAAGCAGUUGGUUUACGAGAAAAAUGUCAGAAGCUUCAAGUAGCAUUAAAUACAGCGGAAAACAAUGUGCAGGCUCUUCAAAAACAGCUAGAUGACGUCAAAGAAGAGGAAAUGUCAUUGUUAAGCAAACACAAAGAGGUGGAAAGUGAGCUGGCGGCUGCUAGGGAACGCUUACAGCAGCAGGCGACUGACUUGGUGCUAAAAGCCAGUCACAUUGGGAUGCUUCAGGCCACUCAGAUGACCCAAGAAGUUACAAUAAGGGAUCUGGAAUCAGAAAAAACUAGAUUAAAAGAUAAGCUGUCUCAGCUAGAAGAAGAAAGAAAUCUAUUACAAAGCAAAACACAGAGUCUGGAUGAGAGACAAAGGCAGCAAAUUCUUGCAUUGGAGAAGAAAGUGAAUGAAGCAAGGGAAACACAACGAGAAUAUUAUGAAAAGGAGCUGAUAAAACUGCAAGCCAGGCUGGAAGGGGAGGCUGCACAACUAAAUGAAGCUCAUUCUAAGGCCUUGGAGGAGUUGGCAUGGAAACAUCAUACUGCUCUUGAGGCAGCACAUGCCAAUGGUAACAAAGAGAAGAAGAAACUGCAAAUGGAGUUAGAACAGCAGUUUGAAAAAGAGAAGCAGCACUUUGAAGAUGAGAAGAAUCAGCUUCGACAGCAGUUAGAAAACCUGAAGGAAGACCUGACAACUAAACUGACAUCAUCCAAUCAGGAGGUGUGUCGUCUUCAAGACCUAGUAAGGAAAAGUGAACAAGGGCUUGGUACUGCAGAAGGACAUAUCUCCAGUCUCCAGGAAACCCAGGAAAUACUACAAAAGGAGCUAGAAUUAACCAGAGCAAGAUUGAGGGAGACCACAGAUUCUCUGUAUAACGUUGAGGGGGAGUUAGAUCAGGAAAGACAACAACAUGAGGCAAUGAUUGUCACCAUGAGGGAAGAAGAAAAAUUCAAAGUUGACCGAAUGGCCCGAGACCUGGAAAUAAAAUGGACAGAAAAUCUUCGGCAGGAGUGUAGUAAACUUCGGGAAGAGUUGAGGCUGCAGCAUGAAGAAGACAAAAAGUCUGCAAUGACUCAACUCUUGCAACUGAAAGAGAGGGAAAAAAAUGCUGCCAGAGAUAGCUGGCAGAAGAAAGUGGAAGAUCUCUUGGAUCAAAUUUCCCUACUAAAGCAGAAUCUAGAAAUGCAGCUUUCCCAGUCUCAGACAUCAAUGCAGCAACUGCAGGCACAGUUCAGUCAAGAGCGACAGAGACUGGCUCAAGAAAUUGAAGAGCUGCAAGAAGAGCAUCAGCAAAGACACAGGUCCAUGAAAGAAGCACAUAUUCUUGCAUUUCAGAACAUGGAGGAAACAAAAGAACAAGAACAAAAGGAACUUGAGGAACGUUUACAACAAAAACACACAGAAGAACUUCAGACACUGAAAGACGCUCACAAGCAAGCCAUGGAUUCUUUCAAACUGGAAAUGGGACAGGAACUACAGACCCUUCGCUUUGAACUGGAAGAUGAAGGGAAAGCUAUGCUUGCUUCUUUGCGCUCAGAACUAAAUCAUCAGCAUGCAGCAGCAAUUGAUCAACUAAGGCAUAAUCAUCAACAAGAAUUAGCAGCUGCUAAAAUGGAGCUUGAAAGAAGCAUAGAGCUCAGCAGGCAUCAGGAAAAAGACUUCAUGUGCCGGGUAUCAGAUCUGCAGGAUGAACUGAGGCAUCGAGAUCACCAUAUAUCAGAACUGGAUAAGGAGAUACUUGCUUUGCAUGAGAACAUAAGUACACUAACAAAGGAACUGGAGUUCAAAGGAAAAGAGGUUCUUAGAAUACGCAGUGAAUCCAACCAACAGAUUAGGCUGUAUGAACAAGAUUUAAACAAGAAACAUGAGAAAGAGCUGGAUGUCAUGACAGCAGACCACAUCAGAGAGAAACAAGGCAUGCUGGCAGAUUUUAAUAAGACCCAAGAGCUGCUCAAGGAAAUUAAUUCAGCCUUGCAAGUUUCUUUAGAAGAAAUGGAAGAAAAAUACCAAAACAGGGAAUCAAGACCAGAAGACUUGCAGCUUAUUGCUGAGUUGAAAGACCUGAUUGCUGAGAGGGAUCAGCUAAUAAAGAAACUGAUUGAUGACAAAAAAUUCUAUCAACUGGAACUAGUCAAUCGGGAGACUAAUUUCAACAAGGUGUUUAAUGCAAGCCCUAAUGUUGGUGUUAUUAAUCCUCUGGUGAAGCAAAAGAAGAAGAUUGAUAAAUCAGCAAACAGGUUUGUGAGUGUUCCCAAUCUAAGUGCUCUGGAAUCUAGCGGAGUGGGCAAUGGACAUGCUAACCGCCUGGACCCUAUUCCUAAUUCACCCAUCCACGAUAUUGAGUUCAACAGCAGCAGACCACUUCCACAGCCAAUACCACCCAAAGAGCCCAAGACGGUUUUGAGCCCUCCUCAGACUGAAGCUUCUCCAGUGGCUUCACCAGAUCCACAGCGUCAGGAAUGGUUUGCCCGUUACUUCACGUUCUGAGAGAGUAUUUUUUUUAUGCGUGGCACAGCAUGGUGUGGACUGUUCAUAAGAGCAUGACCUUGAAAUAAACCCUUAUGUGAUCAAGCUUUCUUGUAAUAUGUCAAACACUGUGAAUGAGAAAGUAUUUGUCUCUGAUUUGAAAAUGCACUGUAUUUUACGUGAUAUUGUUGGAAUCACUUGACAUGGUAAUAUAAAUGUGCUUAAUGACACUUAUUUUUAUUUAAGAUGAAAAAGUAUUUAAACUUUGUAAUUACCGCAAAAUAAAUUUUCAUAGAAGAAACUUAAAACUUCCCUCUGCUUUUCCUAUAAAUAUGUAUUUUAUUUGGUUUCAGGGAAGGCUUUAAUUCCUCCUGUCACCCCACCCAAAUGCAAUCAGUUGCAUGAAUAUUGUAUAACAAAAUAAACUGUCAACAGUUUUUUAAAAAUCAGACUGUGGCAAGAUAUGUUUAAGUCCUUCUAUUUUUAUUUAGUUAUCUUAUAGAAAUGACUUUGAAAACUGUGUUUAUUCUAAAAGUGGUGGAGAAUGCAAAAUAAAUACACAUAUACUGUAGUAGUAUAGCAGAUGGCCUUUAGAACUCAAUGGUUUUAAGAUCAUAGUAAGAGAAUGGCAUCAUUUCUUGUCUACAACUGAUCUGCCCUCUAGUAAUUAUAAUUACUAUAUUUUACUGUUGAAUUUCAUCAAAAUUUUGUCAUAAAUGUUUUAUAAAUACCUACAAAGAUAAUGCUCUUUAGAACAUUUGGAGUACUACACUAUGUAAUGCUGUAUAAAAAUAGUUCAUGGAAAUCUGCAUUUUGAGGAUAUUAUUCUUUGGGCAAAACUCAGGCUUUAUUAAAAAAAAGUGCUAAACCAAUUAUGCAUAAUAAAGCAUGUAAAUUUUUCAUUAGCGCUCCAGUAUACUUAAUUUACAAAGAAAGAUAUUCCUUCUUCCAUUAUAAAAUUAAGCCAGGGACCACAUGAUCUUUUUUUAAAUAGGGUGAGCAAGCCUGAUUUUCUGGUCUAUUAGAGUAGUCUUAGAGAUGUGCAAGCCCUUUGGAAGAAAAAAUGUAAUACACUGGCAAAUCUGGUUUAUACUUUUUUAGUUGAUGUUGUUGGUGUUUAUUCCAAGAUUACCACAAUGUAACCAACACUGGUAAUCUCAGGGAGAUUUUUUCCUUUGUUUUAUGAAUGUACUUAAUAUUUGUAUCUUUAAAGUGGGGAGGGGGAAGAUUGUUUGGUUAUUUUAAAUACAAUUUUUAUCCUUAGAUACAGAAGUAUAGCUCUUCAUUAUUUCUGCUGAAGCCCUGACUAUGUCUUCCCAUUAUGCAAAAGCAUAAUAACCAAUCAAAAAUUACCACCACCACUUACAGUAAGUUUUAUAUGUAGUAUAUGUAUAAAAUAAUUUGUAUGUUUUCAUAUAAAAUAUUCUAAAUCAAAAUUUAGAAAUAUAUCUCCUAUAUCUCAACCUGAAAGCUUCACUGGAAGCAGUGUUCUAGUGCUGCCCUGAUAAUCUGAAGCGAUACUUGGCAGAUACUCUAUGGUUAAUGGAUUUAACUGUAGGUAUAUGCAGCCUUUACAUUAGAAGAAAGCCAUAUUGAGUCAAAGUCAGAUUUCUUGGCUGUUGUGAAAUAAAACACACUGGA